AGGGAGGCGGGUCGGGCAGCUGCUCCGGCCCUCUCUCUUGGCGGCGGCUGUGGGGGGUCCGGGGCGCUGUAACCCGAAACCUCCCGCCCCUGAGUGCAGCGAAGGCGGCGGGGGAAGGAGGAAGCGGCUCGGCUCGGCCCGGCCCGGCGCUGCCCAGCAUGUACUGUCUGCUCUGUCAAUGUGCGCUCUGACAAUGAGCAUCAACUCCUCCCUCAGCAAUGGGAAGGGCCUGAGAAACCUCACAGCGCAGGAAGACGGGGCAGUCAGAGUCACCGAGUCGAUUGCUAUUAUCGUCAUUGCUAUUUUCAUCUGCUUGGGCAACUUGGUGAUUGUCAUCACCCUCUAUCGGAAGUCUUACCUCCUUACGCUGAGCAACAAGUUUGUGUUCAGUCUGACACUGUCCAACUUCCUUCUGUCUGUCCUGGUGCUUCCUUUUGUCGUCACCAGCUCCAUCAGGCGGGAAUGGAUCUUUGGAGUAGUUUGGUGCAACUUUUCUGCCCUGCUCUAUAUGCUGAUCAGCUCGGCCAGCAUGCUAACUCUUGGUCUCAUUGCUAUAGAUCGGUACUAUGCUGUCUUAUAUCCAAUGGUGUAUCCAAUGAAGAUUACAGGAAACAGAGCAGUUGUAGCCCUUGUGUAUGUGUGGUUACACUCCCUCAUUGGCUGCCUUCCUCCUCUCUUUGGCUGGUCGUCCUUGGAGUUCGAUCAAUUCAAAUGGAUGUGUGUGGCUGCGUGGCAUAAGGAGGCAGGCUACACAGCCUUUUGGCAGAUCUGGUGUGCUUUGCUGCCCUUUCUGGUUAUGAUGAUCUGCUACGGAUUCAUAUUUCGUGUGGCUAGGAUUAAAGCACGCAAGAUUCACUGCGGUAGCGUGGUCAUUGUGGAGGAGGACACUCAGAGGAAUGGGAGAAAGAACUCUAGCACCUCCACCUCCUCUUCAGGCAGUCGAAGGAAUGCUUUCCAAGGGGUUGUCUACUCAGCCAAUCAGUGCAAAGCUUUCAUAACCAUCUUGGUUGUCAUUGGUGCUUUUGUGAUCACAUGGGGGCCCUAUAUGGUAGUAAUUACGUCAGAAGCACUUUGGGGGAAAAAUAGCAUUUCUCCUGCUCUGGAGACAUUAGCAACAUGGUUAUCUUUUUCAAGUGCCAUUUGCCAUCCACUGAUUUAUGGACUCUGGAACAAAACAGUGCGCAAAGAACUAUUAGGAAUGUGUUUUGGGGACCGAUAUUACCGGGAGUCAUUUGUUCAGCGUCAUAGGACAGCCAGACUAUUCAGCAUUUCCAAUAGGAUCACAGAUCUGGGACUAUCUCCCCAUCUUACAGCUCUCAUGGCAGGUGGGCGACCUUUAGGACACAGCAGCAGCACAGGGGACACUGGUUUCAGCUGCUCUCAGGAUUCAGGGACAGAUGUGAUGCUGCUUGAGGAUUAUAGUUCGGAUGGCGCUCAUCACCCACAUUGCGUUUAUCCCUAUCGACGGAGGAGUUCGGUGACAUUCGAAGACGAAGUGGAGCAAAUCAAAGAAGCUGCAAAGAAUUCCGUUCUUCAUGUAAAAGCUGAAGUCCAUAAAUCUCUGGACAGUUAUGCAUCCAGUUUAGCCAAAGCUAUUGAAGCUGAUGUGAAAAUUAGCUUGUUUGGAGAAGAUGCUUUACCAGGAUCUUUGUUUCCUUCGCGGACUAUACCAGGCGGCAAUGUGGGUGCACGGCGUGGUGGCAGAGCCCAGGCUGGCCAAAGACUUCAGCUUCAAAGCAUCGAUGAAGGGAAUAUUUGAGAAGAGCGCUGAACUAGAAGAAACCACUAAGUAGGACCCAGUCUAGUAAUAAUUAUUGUAAAAGAAGCAGAGUAUUCAGAAUGGCUUAACUUCAGUGUUUUAGUCAAGAACACUUGAAAAUACCUGAAUACUUGUCUUUAAAUACAUACAUCUACAUUUUAGAACAGUAUUUACUUACUGUUCAGGAUACUGUAGAUGUGUUUGUGUAAUGUUUUUAUCCAUUAUACAGCACAUAAAAAUAUAGGAUUUGCCUUACUGGACCAAACCACUGGUCCAUCAGAUCAAGUAUCCUUUAGUGGCCAAUUCCUGAUAUUUCAUAGGAAAGCAAAACAAACAAACAAACAAAAAAAAACCCAUGCAGCAUUAUACAUGGUGUUGUAGAGAUUUUUUCCUGACCCAUGGGGCUAUCAAUGUAAUCCCUAAAAGAGGAGAUUUGAUGGCUCUACUUACUGGAAACUUUAUACACAGUGUUAUUUUGGAGAACUGUAAAAAAAUGACAGGAGCAUGGAUUUAACUAAAGCACAAAAUCUGAGCUUAGUUUUCAGAUUUCCAGGAUCCCUUUCAUCCAAAUUACUGUCCUGCUCUCCUUUGGUGGUGGAUUAAAUUUUUGACUGUUCAGUCGUGGGAAUGCUAAAUAUGAGGCCAUAUUUAUUGCUUUUGUUCCACUGGACAAACGUUUUACUACAGAAAGCAGAUACAUCAUUCUCACAUGUAUAAUGGGUAGAGGCAGACAAGCACCGGAAAGAUGGCAGAAAUGGUUGUAGAAGAUGGACAUGCAGAUUUUGUUUGGGGUUUUUUAGUUCUCAAUGAGAAUUACGAUUUGCUUUCCUUGUUUUGUUUUUACAGAGGCAUUGUACAGCCACUAAGAUUAAACAAGGAUGAGAUAGAACAUAAAUACUGUAUUGCCACUUAAUAUUGACGUUAUACAGGUUUCAUCCUUUAUACACAGAAAAGCUUGGUGAGUUAGAUUUUUACAAAGGAGUACGUCUUUUUGUGUUGUUAAAGCAAUAACUACCUCAGUGCAAGUAUUUCUUGGAGUUUAACUCAUUAAAUCUUAAAAUAACAAUUUUUAGCACUUAUAUAGCACUUUUCAUGUUCCAAGCGCUGUACAAACAUGAAUUAAUCUUUAUAGCCCCCUAGCCCUGAGCGGCAGGUAGGUGGGUAAGCAGCAUCAUUCCCAUUUUUGCUGAAGCAUUAUUGAAGUGAAGGGCCAAGUUUGUCCAGAAGUGCUCACUCGUUUUGUGUGACUCAGUUUUUGAGUGCCCACGUGGUAGCUGCAGGUGCUCAAAACCUCUGAAAAUCAGGGACAAUCUCACUUUGGGCACUUAAAACCUGAGAAUUACAGAGCUCUUGUGACAAUUUGGCUGUGUGUGACUUACCCAAGGCCAUAGACAGAAUAUCAGAGGGUAAAAUCUCUGGAUUUCAUGAAACUCAAACCCGUUCUUAAACCACUAGAUCACCCCUUUCUCUGGCCCCAGUUCAAAAAAGCAUUCAAGCACAUGCGUAAAUCCAUCUCUAUUCAGCAAUGCACUUAACUCAUGGCUAACUUAAGUACUUGCUUAUGUCCCAUUGAAGUCAAUGGGAUUUAAGUGUAUGCUUGAAAUUAAACGUGAUUUGCUGAAUAAAGAUGGACUGUUGAAUUGAGACUUCUACAAUCCACAAAAUUGGGUGUUUUGCAUAGUUACAAAAUAUUCAGGAAUGAAAUAGUUAAUAACAAUGGAUUGUGAGGAGCUGAUGGCCUGAAAAGUAGCCUAGUGACCCCAGUCACUCAUUCAUUUUACUUUAUUUAAUUUUUCAGUGCAUAAAAUGUAUCUUUUGACAGCUCUUGGCACACGUCCAAGAAUCUAUAAUCCAAUCAAUUGCCAGGAAAUGCCCUGCACCGAGGUCAUUAUUGCCAUUGUAAAAUGAAUAUGCAGGGAGAAAGCUAGGCCACUGGAUUUCUUUUCACAGGUGAUGCUGUUUUAAUUGCUCUCUAUAUGAACACACACACGGUAUAAUAGCUCAUCAGAUUGUUAGAAACAAUUUCUUAAUGUUCCACUUAUUUUGUAACCCUUGCAAAACAAGUUGACCAAAAAUGCCAUUGAAGGAAAAGGGAACAAGGAGCCUGAAUUAAAGGGGCAACCAUAGGAUAGUUUGGAUGGAUUGGGUUCGCUCUUAUUCACCAUUAGAUUGCGUUGAAGUAAUUGUCAAGAUUUUGUCUCAAAGGCAUAGGGGGGAAACCCCCAAGCACAUAUGAAAGCACAAAAUAGUUAGCAUUACAUAAAGAGCACCUUACCCACCAAGGCACUGAUUGAAAUUCAGCCCCCCGUGAAGGUCUGAGGAGUUGCACCUGCUUACACCAGGGUUGAAUUUGGCUCACUGUGUUAAUUUCACUAACAUAUUAUUAGUAAUAUAUUUACUAAAUAAUUUAUUUACUAAAUGAAACACAUCUUACACCCUCCCCAUAAUGCUGUUGUUGUUAUCAGUGUUUUCUAGUUUGAGAUGUUGUUAGAGAAAUAACUAAUUAAGAAACAAACACAUUUUACAAAGUUGUAUUCAAAGUACAAGGAAGUGCAUUGUUUCUAGAUAGUGAAGGUGAGCGGUUUAGUUUCAUUCUUCAACCUGAGUGAAGUGCCCCUUCUUUAAUUCUUUAAUUUUUGAUAAUCAAAGGUGUUACUAAUUACAUAAAAAGAUCAGGAGUCCUUGUGGCACCUUAGAGACUAACAAAUUUAUUUGAGCAUAAGCUUUCAUGGGGCUGUAGCCACAAGUACUCCUGUUCUUUUAGUAGAUACAGACUAACACGGCUGCUACUCUGAAACUAUUACAUAGCAGAGGAAUUUUUUUUAAAUCUCAACAAUGUGCCAUUAAGAAAGUCAUAGUUCAAGACUAAAACAAAAGCAUGGAACAUAUUGCAUAAGGCUGCAACCAUGUCCUUAGUCCUCCAGUAUUAGUUAAAAGUAAAAAGAGAUAUUGGACUUGGAAAAGGGUCAGAAAAGGGCAACAAAAAUUAUUAGGGGUAUGGAACGGCUGCCGUAUGAGGAGAGAUUAAUAAAACUGGGACUUUUCAGCUUGGAAAAGAGACGACU